CUGCCUGCAGAACGUCUUUCCGAAGCGUUCCUCCUAGGGAAGCAGAGAAGCGUUUCUCGGGCAGCUGGUCGGGGGUCGCGGUGUCACCCGAGGACAUCGUUCUGAGCCGCCUUGGGAGUGACAGGAGUCUCCUAAAACAAGGAUGAAAGUAUCCACCCUUAAUGGCGAAUAGCUGAAUCUGUCAGGACCUGCAGCAAAACAACCCCUCAAAAAGACGCACCUUCAGAACAAAGAUGAACACCAGGAAAACUUACAGUACCUUUAACAUCAGCAAUGGAACAGAUCUAGCUAUUGGCUUUACCUCUUCCACAGUAGCUGUCCUUCUCUUUGGGACAAACUUUGUGCCUGUUAAGAAAUUUGAUACUGGUGACGGCAUGUUCUUCCAGUGGAUUCUCUGUGCCUCCAUAUGGAUAGUUUCUUUGGUGGUCAAUUUAAUCCAGAAUUGUCGCCAGUUUUGGCCUCUGGCUAUGGUUGGAGGUUUCGUGUGGGCUACAGGCAAUGUUACAGUUGUCCCUAUUGUUAAAACUAUUGGCUUAGCUCUUGGUCUUUUGAUAUGGGCUUCUUUUAAUUUGCUGACAGGCUGGGCAAGUUCAAGGUUUGGUUGGUUCGGAAUUGACCCAGAAGAGGUAUCAAGACCAAUCUUAAAUUACAUUGGAGCUGGACUUUCACUAUUAAGUGCUGUCAUAUUUCUUUUUAUAAAAACUGAAGUCCAGAGUUCUUCAGCUUCAUUAGAAAGUACACCUUUACUGAGAGAAAGUCCUAUUAAUGUUUCUGAAGAUACCUCUGAUGACUCAUGGGUGAACAGACUUUCUCCAGCAAAAAAAAGACUCAUAGGGUGUAGCCUGGCUGUAGUGGCUGGAAUACUCUACGGUUCCAGUUUUGUACCAGUACUUUACAUCAAGGACCAUGGAAGAAGAAAUGAAACUAUAUACGCAGGAGCAAGUCAAUAUGAUUUAGAUUACGUUUUUGCACACUUCAGUGGAAUAUUUCUUACAAGCACCGUCUACUUUUUGAUCUACUGUGUAGUCAGGAAAAAUAAACCUAAUGUUUAUCCCCAAGCCAUAUUGCCAGGGUUUGUGUCUGGUGUGCUUUGGGCAAUAGCCAAUUGCUGUUGGUUCAUAGCCAAUCACUAUCUCAGUGCUGUGGUCAGCUUUCCAAUAAUUACUGCAGGUCCUGGCCUUGUUGCUGCAAUGUGGGGAGUCCUCGUAUUUAAAGAAAUCAAGGGACUGAAAAACUACAUGUUACUCUCAGUAGCGUUUUGCAUCAUUUUGGCCGGAUCACUCUCCACAGCUUUUUCUAAAGUUUGA